AGGAAAUACAAAGCGAUAUUGAACGGCACCUCCAGCGAGGACUACUGGGACGAAUUCUUCGUCACAGCAGUAUAUCGGCUCUCCUGGACGGGCACAUGGAUACUCUGGAGAGGGCGCGAGAUUCUUUCUACGCCAUUGCUAUGAUUUCUAUGCACCAGAAACUCUACCAAUAUGCGAGAGAAAAUGCUGAGAUGCAUCAGAAACUCGAACAAUAUGCGAGAGCAAGUCUUGAGAUGCAUCAGAAGACUAUCGACGCAAUCCACAGGCAGUAGCAUAAUCUGAAUCGUGAUGAUAUUAUCACGAUUCAGAUUUUGGCACUGCCCAGCAAUACGGUUGUCGAUCACUGCAGGAAACAACGCUACAUACCCUUAGAUCCAUUUGAAAGUCUCAUUUUAGGAUCGCGCUCAGAUAUAACAACAUAAUUAUCGAAUAGAAAUAUCACUCACCCUUCUCGCCUUGGCCAAGUUGCACUUUACAAGGCAUAACAAGGGAAUGACAGUCGCAUAGGUCAUGAUC